GUUGUUGUAAAAUAAUGAGUUUUAUGAAUGAGGAUGAAUUAUUAGGAAAACUUGUGCAUAAAAUUACUGGUUUACAAUUUUAUUCUCAUUCUUGGAAGAAAGCAUUUGAAAAAGCUAAAUACACCAUUCAUUAUGCAAAAUGUACAAAUACAAAUGAAACUGAUGUUAAUGACCGAUAUAAAGGGCUUGUAGAAAAAUUUAGCAUAAAAGGUCAUGAGGAAUUCUCACAGGCGUUAAAGCAAUAUAAGUUCAAGUAUUUAGAAGACUCGAGGCCAAUAGUAGUUGAAGAAGAAAUAAACCAAACCAUUUUAAAAUAUGAUAUGUUGCAAUUAAUAUUGUCUUUAUCUUCAUCAACAAAUCAAAACUAUAAAUAUAUUCCAGCCUUAAAUGAUACCUUUACAAAGGGAACUAGUUUAACAUGGCAAGAUAUUAUUAAAGAAGAUCCUCCACAAGGGGAUCAUUGGCAGACUUGGCCAGCUGAUUCAUCUACUGAAGAUGAUGAUGUGAGUGAUGAUAAUGAAAGUGACUCCAUUCAUUCAGAAUUAGAGAAGCAGCAGCAGCAGCAGCAGCAGCAGCAGCAGCAUCGAUUGAAUAAUAAGCUAGAAAACUUUCAGUUUAAUUUUUUGAGUAGUAUGAAGAUUGAUGAAAGAGAGGGUCGAGAGGGAAUUUAUUAUUUGAAAGCAGAGCAAUAUUGGAAUAAAAAAUUCAAUUUACCAAUUCAAGAUUCAACGAGUGGAAGCAUAUUACAAAAUUCCUACCAGUUAAGUAAUGAGUUGGGAAAGCUGUUAUAUAAUGAAGAAGAGCGACAAAAAUUAAAGACGAUUACUGAAGCGGGAGUUAUAAGAGAAAUAUUGGCACUAUUAAGAGGAGAUAGUAGUGUUUUAUUUAAAUAUGAAAAUGAAAGAUUCAAGUUAGAAGAUAUUUACCUUGUACAACACUUGAGUCGAAAUGCAUUAAACAAUUUACUUGACGAAUUUUGCAUAUUUGGAAAUAUAUUAUUAGAUCUUAGAAAAACAAUAAGAGAGAUAAUUAAAAGCAAAACAUACGGACAAACAAGUCAAGCAUUUGCUGAAUCUAUCUAUAAAUCACUAUUAGAUUUGAAUAGCUUUAUUGCUACCUUGGAAGCUAAUUCUAGUUUUAUUACAAAGGAUACUUCACAAACAAUUUCAAUUCUCAAACUUCGUAAUACACUUGAUUCCUCUAUUUAUUAUUUUAAGACUCUACAUGGUAUUCUAAUGAAUGCACCCUAUGAGAAGAAUAAUGCACUUUUAUUGGGUUCUUACUUUAUAACAGUACUCUACAAUUUUAUUUUAAUAUCACAAUCCUCUGGGCAACUUACACUCUAUAAUUCCUUAGUAAAUCUAUUGAAGGACACACUUGUACCUUAUGGAAAAUGGAUGGACGAUUGGAUAUUUUAUGGCUCACUUGAAGGUGAUCGUUAUAAAGAAUUUUAUGUAGCAAGAAAGGAUAAUGUCAACUUGUAUGACUUUGACUUUUGGAAAAAAGGAUUUGAAAUAAAAGCAGUUUAUCAAGAUAAUAAUCGAUAUACUUGUCCUUUGUUUGAUCCUCUCUUUAUGGACCCAGUUCAUCUUUUAUCGUAUAUUGAAAAGACAUCGUUCUUGGUAUCGAAGGGCUCAAUCUAUAGCACAUUUAAUAAUCGUGUAUUGGAGCAGUUAACCAAAUCUACGUCAAGUAAACAAAAUAUAAGCGAGCCUCCGUCACCAACACCUUUUGGAUCUCAACAAACGACUACGAUUACAUCCAUUUUAUUCCCGUUAUUAACGAAAAAGGAUCAAGAGAAUCAAAUACAAUCGAUGAUAAAUAAUGGACCAUUGUUGUUUGAUCAACAUUUUAAGUAUCUUUUAGAUACAUGUUACCUUGAAGAUCCUUAUAUUAAUACAGCAGAUACCUUGAACAAUGUCCUUCACGAAAAAUGUGAGUUGAAGCAGCAAUUGAAGACAUUAGCUUCUGUCUAUUUGAUGUUGGAGAAUGAUUUAAUGCAUUCAUUUUGUGAAGCGCUAUUUUUACAGAUAGAUAAUAACGAACUAUGGCUAGAUCCACGUUUAUUAAAUAGCACGUUUAUAAAUGUGUGCAAAGCAAAUAAAUAUGAUGAAUUUGCACAGAUUACAGUAAAGGAAAAUAACGUGAAUCAUUCUACUCUAUCAUCUUAUCUUGAACUUAUUGAAUUUAAAGUGAAGAUACCAUGGCCAUUGAAUAAUUUUAUUCAAAUAGAGCAUAUACCAAGUUACUCUAAAAUUCAAAAAUUUCUAUUUCGAUUGAAACGAGCAAAAUAUGUUAUGGAAAAAAAGACACUUGGACGAAAUAAGAAAAUAGUGUAUUCAGACGAAAAGCAAUUUUACUCGAUUCGUAUGAAAUUAUUAUGGUUUAUUAAUGUCUUUUGGAGAUAUAUGAUGACGACUAUUCUUCAUGCUGAAACAAUUCAUUUCCGUAACGAGUUAUCUCUAUCAAAGGACGCAGAUGAAAUUGCAGCUGUACAUGCUUUAUAUAUACGUCAUAUUAUGGAUCGAUGCUUAUUAAAUGAUAAGACAAAUGUGAUUAAGAAGUCUAUCAUUAAAGUUUUGGAUAUGGCAGAGCUUAUGAAAGAUAUAUUUGUAGAAUAUAUGCAAACAGAUAAUAAUAAAGCUGAUAAGGAACGAUUCAAGGCUUCAAUGAAUUCCAUUGAAUAUGAAUUUAAAAGAUCCAAUGAUUUUAUAUCUAGAAGUCUAAUGAUUAUGGGCAAAAAAGGUGGAUUUCCAUGGUUUGAGCAUUUAGCAUCAAGUCUUUCUAUUCAAUAAUCAAAUUGAGUAUUAUAUACCGUCAAUUACGCUAUAUUGUAUACCGUAUAUUCUCUAGUUAAUUUAUAUAAAUUGUAGGGGGGGGGAAGGGAGUGAUGGACAUGAUAUAAUCAAACUGGGGCUAAUGAUUCAAUAAACUUGUUAUUGAAUUUAACAUAAAAUAAAAUAAAAUAAAGAUGCCUAAUAAAGUAAAG